AUCCCUGGCAUAGCCGGUAUAUCUUUGUUGGUCGAGUUUCCUGCAGAAUUCAGUGGAAUAAAAAUGUGGAAAUAUUUACUCAUAAUAACCUUUAUAGCGUUCCAUAGUAGUGAUGCGGUACUCCAAUCAAAUGCAGACACUUUGGUCUUGCUAGAUAAUUUGGCCAUACGCGAAACGCAUUCCAUUUUCUUCAAAUCAUUACAAGAUCGGGGAUUUAAAUUAACAUAUAAACUGGCAGAUGAUUCGGGUCUACUAUUAUCCCGCUAUGGUGAAUAUCUAUACAAGAAUUUGAUCAUUUUCGCCCCAAGUGUUGAGGAGUUUGGAGGGGAACUUAGCGUUGAGAAGUUGGCACAAUUUGUGGACGAUGGUGGAAAUGUGCUAGUGGCCGGAAGUGAGCAAUCAGGUGAUGCUUUAAGAGAAUUUGCAUCAGAAUGUGGUUUUGAAAUCGAUGAGGAGGGUGCCUCUGUUAUGGACCAUCUAAACUAUGAUGUAUCCGAUAAGGGCGAUCACACAACCAUACUUACCGCCUCAAAGAAUUUAAUUAAUUCUCCUACGAUUGUUGGAAAGGCUCGUAGCGAUGCAAAAAGACCAUUGGUGUACAAAGGAACUGGUCUAUUAGCUGAUAAGGAAAACUCUUUGGUUUUACAAUUGCUAACAGCGGAAAGCACUGCAUACAGCUACAAUCCGGAACAGACCAUCAAAGACUAUCCACAUGCAGUGGGACGUAAUACCCUAUUGAUAGCCGCUUUGCAAGCACGUAACAAUGCUCGUGUGGUUUUCUCAGGUUCAUUGUACUUCUUUUCGGAUGAUGCGUUUACAAAUGCUGUCACCUAUGCUCAAUCUGGUCAAAGCUUUAAACAGUCGGGCAAUCAAGAUGUUGCUAACUCGAUUAGUAAAUGGGUAUUUGGUGAAAACGGUGCUCUUCGCGUUGCCGCUGUUAAGCACCAUCGUGAGGGUGAAACACAGCCUCCAGAACAAGCAUACACCAUCACGGAUCCCGUGGUUUACUCCAUAACCAUUGAGGAAUUGGUAGAAGAUAAAUGGCAAGCUUUCAAUGCCAACGAUGUUCAGUUGGAAUUUGUACGCAUCGAUCCGUUUGUACGCACAACCCUUAAACACAUUGGAGGCGGACGUUAUCAGGCUAAGUUUAAAAUACCCGAUGUCUAUGGCGUCUAUCAGUUCAAGGUGAACUAUGAUCGCACCGGUUACACCCAGUUGCAAAGUAAUGUACAGGUUUCUGUGCGUCCUUUGGAACACACACAAUAUGAGCGCUUUAUACCUAGCGCUUUCCCAUACUAUUGCAGCGCCUUCUCGAUGAUGAUUGGGGUAUUUUUAUUCUCCUUUGUUUUCUUGCAUUUCAAAGACGAACCCACACCCACUAGUGCCACCAAAAAGGGUGAAGGCAAGAAGAAUCAAUAAAAUUAAAAAUGUUUGCAUUAAAUGAACAAAAUUUGUAGUAUGAACUAUGAAUCAUUUUAUACGACAAAAAGUCAUUGUAUUGAAUUUUGAAUAAAAUUAUAUUUGAAGAAGAAAA